CGUUUCCAGAAAAAGCGCGUGAACAACUCCUCCCUCUCCUCCUCCCAGCACCGUGCGCUCUGGUCCUCCUCUGCGCGCUCUGGGUCUCGCCUCGGACAAACUGCGGCGGAACGCUGGAUCACCAAAAGUUCGCCAAAUCGGUUUAGAGUUUAACGAUGGAGACUCUCGGAAGUCUCCUUGCGCUGCUGUGCGUUUUCCUGGCAGGAGCGCAAACGCAGAACGGAAGAGACAAGUUUGCGGAUUGUCCAGUUGACCUUUUCUUUGUACUGGAUACAUCUGAGAGUGUCGCCCUUCGACAGAAACCUCCCAACUUUUAUAUUGACCAGAUCAAAUCAUUCACCAAUCGCUUCAUAGAUGAACUCAGGAACAUACGCCACCGAUGUGACCGUACCCUGACAUGGAACUCAGGAGCCCUGCACUACAGUGACGAAGUCAUCCUUGUGCGAGAGCUGAGUGACCUGGCGACUGAUCGCCAGGCCCUGAAGAAUGACAUUAAUGCAAUUGACUACAUAGGCAAGGGCACAUAUACUGACUGUGCCAUCAAGAGGGGUCUUGCAGAGCUGCUCAUUGGGGGCUCCCACUACCAUGAGAACAAAUACAUCGUGGUAGUGACUGAUGGUCAUCCUAUUACUGGUUACAAAGAGCCAUGUGGAGGUGUGCAGGAAGCUGCUAAUGAGGCCAAGCAACAUGGAGUCAAAGUGUUUGCUGUAGCCAUCUCACCUGACCAAGAGGACACAAGGUUGUCAAUCAUUGCCACAGACCAGACCUACAGACAGAAUUUCACUGCUGCAGACGACUCCAGGUCCACCAAGAUGGGAACCAUUCGAACCAUUAUUGAUAUGAUUACAAAUGAGACAAAGGAUAUGUGUUGCUCAUUUGACUGCAAUGCUGCAGGAGGGCCUAAAGGACCAGACGGAGACAUUGGCUCUAAGGGAGAAACGGGUAGACCAGGAAUGCCAGGAGAGAAAGGAGAUAUUGGUCCCAUGGGCAGCAUUGGAGAUCCUGGUCCUGUUGGUUACAGUGGAAUGAAGGGAGACCGCGGUUCCAGAGGAGAAAAGGGCGAAAGAGGACACAAAGGCUACAAGGGAGACAAAGGUCAAAGGGGAAGGGAUGGAAUCGAUGGACGCAAGGGUGAAGCAGGGUUCCCUGGUCUUCCCGGCUGUAAAGGAUCUCCCGGAUCAGACGGCUUGCAGGGAGAGCUUGGACCGAAGGGAGACCCUGGUCCUUACGGAGCAAAAGGAGCAAAGGGAGAUCCUGGAAGAGAUGGUGAACCUGGAAGGCCUGGAAACUAUGGGCCACUGGGACCUCAGGGUGAUCGAGGCCCUCCUGGAAACAAUGGGGACAAAGGAGAGCGCGGUGAUGAUGGCCAACCAGGACCGGAUGGAACUCCUGGAGAGAGAGGACAAGUUGGAGAGAAGGGGGAGCAAGGUUCCCGUGGAAACAGAGGUCCAAGAGGAGAGCCAGGGGAGCCAGGGCCCCGUGGAGAACAGGGAAGGGAGGGCUCAGCUGGGCCCAAUGGAGACCCAGGUGAGCCUGGCAGGGCUGGGCCUCCUGGAUACAGAGGAGAUGAAGGCCAACCCGGACCAGAAGGACCCAAAGGACCAAGAGGAAUCAAAGGAGCUCCGGGAGACAGAGGCCAGAUUGGGGAGAGGGGAGAAGAUGGUAUUCCAGGAAAUGGCACUGCAGGUUGUCAUGGCUUCCAGGGAUAUCCCGGACCCCGCGGAGACCCUGGUGAGCCUGGUGGCAAGGGAACCCCUGGACCUAAAGGAGAUGACGGAGAUUCUGGAGACUCAGGCCCUGAUAACAACCAACCAGGGCCUCCAGGACCUAAAGGAGCCAAAGGUCACAGAGGACCCGAGGGCAGAUCGGGACCUCCCGGGCCUCCUGGACCACCAGGAACUGAUGAAUGUGAAAUUCUGGAUAUCAUCAUGAAGCUCUGCUCUUGUUGUGAGUGUAAGUGUGCACCUCUGGACCUGGCCUUCAUUGUGGACAGCUCAGAGAGUAUUGGUGCCUCAAACUUUGCUCUUGCCAAAGACUUUAUCAUCACAGUCAUAGACAGACUGAUCAAAGACCAGCAAGUCAAGUUUGCAGGUAAUGAGUCCAGGGUGAGUGUAGUCCAGUACAGUGGAUCACGAGCCCAAGAAGCUGUCCUAAUGACACCCGGCAUUAGCAUCACCGACUUUAAACAGGCAGUGAAAGACUUGCGCUGGCUGGCUGAGGCCACAUACACAGGCGAGGCCCUUGAGUACACUCUGAACACUGCAAUCAGUCUGAUGAAGCAAGAGAACCGAGUCGUUCUCGUUCUCACCGAUGGACGUUCUGAUACUACCAGGGACAAGGUUCCCCUCACCACCCUCUGUGGUAAAAACCUCCAGGUCGGUGGUUUAGGAGUGAAGGACUACUCAGGCCGUCAGCCCAAUCAGGAGCAGCUUGAGGAUGUGAUUUGUAAGAGUGACCCCAAACCAGGCUUUUCCUUUGUCCUGGAAAACUUUGCUGAGCUUCUAGACGACACUUUCCUCCAGAACCUUACAUCCAGAAUCUGUCAAGAAAAGAGAUGCCCAGACUACAAAUGCCCCAUCUCUUUUGAUGAUAGUGCCGAUAUUUUGGUGAUGAUGGACAGCUCAGCCAGUGUGGGCCAGAAGAACUUCGAGACAAGCAAGACCUUUGUCCGCCGCUUAGCUGAGCGUUUCCUAAGCGCCGAGAGGAAGAGGGGUGCCACUGUCAGAGUGGGUGUGGGCCAGUACAGCCGAAGUGCACGUAUUGAACAGGGACUAACUACCAAUUUGACCCUGCUGGCUUAUCAGACUGAAGAGGCAGCCUUCCAAAAUGAUGGCACCAAUGUGUUAGAGGCCAUGGAAUUUUCUGUAAAGAAUUUACGUGGCCGUGGGGAUGCGUCCGGAGGCAGGAAGAAGGUGGUGCUGUUUUCUGAUGGCAGGUCUCAGGCUGUCACCGAGCCUGUGCUGGAAAAACGUGUUCGUGAGGUGGCGGAUGCUGGGGUGGAGCUCUUUGUCAUCGCAGUUGGGAGCCAAGUCAAUGAGGCCAACCUGCGCACGCUGGUGAGCAGAGGGCGGCAGGACGACAUCACCUAUGCCCAGCGCCACCUGUUCCGUGUCCCAGACUACCCCUCUCUGCUCCGUGGGGUCUUCCACCAAACCGUAUCUCGCAGGGUGUCCAUUCCCUGAGUGCAGAGCCCCGAACAACAGGACCAACACGCUUAGAUUCUUAGUCCCAUUAUUAAUAUUCAGUCUCACUCAUUUACCAUACACUGUGUUCAAUUAUUUUGUUUUUGUUUUUUUAAAGAAAUGUCACAAAAUGACAAAUGAUUGUGUGGCAGACAAAUGGAAAUGUCUUCAUGAAAUUCACAAGAGUUUUUAUUACCCUGAGGCUGGCUUCCAAGGCAGACCAUCUCAGGCUGUGUAUAAUUUCCACCUACUAGACUAGGAUCAUUAGACUAUAACUAGCGUAAGUCAGUACACAGAAGAGCUUAGGUUAGGGCAACUGGACUUCAAUUUAAAGGGAAGAAGUUUCAUCACUCAUCCAAAAGGCUUCUUCAGUUCAAGUCCAGUUGCCCCAACUUAAACUCUUCUUCACAAGAAGACCUGGAUGACUGAGAACCUACACAGACAUACUGAGUCAGUACACAACUUGGAGGAAUUGCUUCCAGGCAGUUCGGUCAAAAAGUCCCAUACCAAAAGGGGUUGCUUUGGUCCUGGAGAGUCAUCAGUAAUGGCAAAACUAAAUAACAAUUUGAACUUUUAAAUUGGGCUGAUUUCCACUCAGGUGUUGUGCAUCAUUUGCAGCUAGUCUGGACUUGUACUCUCCUUACUUCAGCUGUCUUUGGAGGGUUGAAAAUGGCUCUAAAGGGAUACACUCUCAUGCCUCUCCAGGACUGGAGCUCCUGCCAUUCUGUAUAUUUGUGUUUUGGAUCUAAUGUGGACUCAUUUUUGUAGCUCUUACCAUUCUUUCACGUGGGGUUGGAUUUGUCAGGAUUGUUAACCACAAAGGCUGACAUGGCCAGUCAGCUUUACUUUAGGUUUUUCUCUUAUAAAGCAUAUUGCAAAGGUCAAUUCCAAAUGCCAUAACAUAUUUCCCAAUAUUUGAAAAUGCAUGCCCGACAUCACUUGAAAGCUCUAUUGAAUCAUACCUAUGAGGAAACAGGACAUAACAUCGGGAAGACUCUCAAACAAACCAUCACCACUUCACCUGGUGCUAAUAAGGACACGACAUCUGGACUCAACAUGUGCGAUUCUGUCCGGGGGUGUGUAUGUGUGAAGCUCUGUGUGUCCAUCAAUUACAUGUAUAAGUGUGUGGAGGUGAUUCUUUAUGUGUAGCCUCGGGUGAUUGUUCCAUAAACAGUUGUGCUGGGGUCACUGGUUCAAAUGACAGAAACCUGCUCUUUAUUUUCUGUGCAGGAGUGACGCCUCUGUCAGACACACACACAUACACAUGCAAACACACACACACACACACACACCUCCAUACUUCAUCAGUGAGGUAAGAAAACAUCUGUCACCUUUGAAGGCCAGAAAAGCAGCCUAACCUAGCACACAAACAGAAAACACACACACACACCUUUUAGAUCCCCUCCGCUGUAAGUUUCACAUCUUCAGUUUUGUUAUCAUCAGUGACCCAGAGUCACUGUACUGUUGUUAUCUGUGGUGCUAUUAGUCUCUGUGUAUCAGCCAUGUUGUUAAAGAAGAUAUUUUUUACCUGAGGACACAAACCUCAGUCGUGUUGUAAGAGCUCCUUCAAUAAAGGUUGCUACACCAAA